CCUUGUGGUUCCAAUCUUUCUUCAAAGUUCUUUAUAUAUGGUGACCCAUUUCAUACUAGAACUCAAGAUCUGCACACGUGCUAUAGCAGACAGACAUGGCGAAGGCCAUUCUUCUUGUUCUCAAAAUAUUGAUGAUUCUAAUAUUCACUGGUUGGAUUUCCAUUUGGCUUCUAAAGCCGACAGACCUGUGGACAAGGAAAUGGAAAGGAGCUGAAGAGAGAGCUAGGCCUACUCUGUUUGGAUAUUAUGGUCUUAACUUUGCUGUGUACACAUUUCCUGUAAUUGCCCUGGCUAUAAUUGGACUUGUUUACUUGGAUUUGAAGGCCAGGGAGCCAACCAGCAGACAAGCAGCAAGGAGUUCACCUGCAGCUUUCUCAAAUCCACUGGUUGUGAACACUUUUAUUGGUGUUUUAUCUGGUGUUGAAAUUCUGGCAGUGCUUCUAUUUAUCCUCGUUUUAGCAUGGACUUUCUAUGCUCGCAUCUCUAAUGAUUUCAAGAAGUUGAUGCCAGUUAAAUCACUGAAGCUGCAAUUAUGGCAACUCAAGUACUUAAGAGUGGCAACCCGGUUUGGUUUGCUAACAGAGGCCUGCUUGGCUUUGCUGCUUCUGCCUAUUUUAAGGGGGCUGGCCAUAUUUCGCUUGGUUGGCAUCCAGUUUGAAGCUUCAGUAAGAUACCACACAUGGGUUGGGACAGCAAUGCUUGUUUUUGCCACUUUACAUGGUGCAAGCACUUUGUUCAUCUGGGGUGUCAGCCACCACGUCCAGGAUGAGAUAUGGAGAUGGCAGAAAACAGGCAGGAUAUACCUUGCUGGGGAGAUUGCUCUUGUUACAGGGAUAGUAAUCUGGAUUACAUCUCUUCCUCAGAUAAGGAGGAAAAAGUUUGAACUCUUCUAUUACACGCACCAUCUAUACAUAGUCUUCCUAGUAUUUUUCUUAUUUCAUGCUGGAGAUAGGCACUUCUAUAUGAUUUUCCCUGGGAUUUUUCUCUUUGGCAUUGACAAGAUACUCCGAAUCAUACAAUCAAGACCAGAAACUUGCAUUCUUUCGGCACGAAUCUUCCCUUCUAGGGCUAUAGAACUUAUUCUGCCCAAGGAUCCAAGUUUGAAGUAUAACCCCACAAGUGUUAUAUUUAUGAAGAUUCAAAGUAUAUCCACAACUCAAUGGCACCCCUUCAGUAUAACCUCAAGCUCUAGUAUUGACAAUGACUCCAUGUCUGUUAUGGUUAAAUGUGAGGGAUCGUGGACAAGUUCCCUCUAUGACUUGAUACAAGCUGAGCUGCACUCUCAUGCUGAUAAGACAAAGUGCAUACCAGUAGCAGUUGAAGGCCCUUAUGGACCUGCCUCAGUUGACUUCCUAAGAUAUGACAGUCUGCUUCUGAUAGCAGGUGGAAUUGGGAUAACUCCAUUUCUGAGCAUUUUGCAGGAAAUUGCUUCAGCACAAAACAGCAGCAGAUAUGGUCUCCCCACAAGAAUGCAGCUUAUAUUUGUUGUUAAAAAGUCUCAGGACAUAUAUCUGCUGAACUCAAUCUCAUCUCUUCUCCAGAACCAUUCAAGUGAAGGACUGCAUCUAAAACUGAAAAUUUUUGUGACCCAAGAAGGGCAAUCUAAUCCAACAGUAAGAGAAUUUCUAAGCGACUCAUCGCAGAUUCAAACAGUACACUUCAGCACAAAAUGUUCGAAUCAUGCAAUAUAUGGACUCGAAAGUUUCCUUCGGAUUGCUGCCUUGGCUGGAUUCUGCUGCAUCAUGUUUCUUGUUUCUCUUAUUUGUUUGAAUCAUAUCUUUGCUCCCAACCAAAAGAAGACAUCUAAAGCCUCCAAAGAAAAGACUCCAUCUUGGGUUGUUGAUCUGCUUCUCUUAUCUUCCUUUCUCAUAGCUUUAACAUGCAGCAGUUUAUUUGCAAUAAUUUUGAGAAUGAGAAGGCUGAAGAAUGAGAACAUUCCACAAGUCUCCCAAAAGCCAGGCAAAGCCAUGGACACAGAAACAGGGAGCUUCCUUGAGGAACAUGAAAUUCAUUUUGUAGGAAGGCCUGACUUUCAUGAUAUUUUUGCAAAGUUUCCAAAUGAAACGGGUGGAUCAGAUGUUGGAGUCUUGGUCUGUGGACCUGGAUCAAUGAAAGAGUCAGUAGCAUCAGUAUGCCAGCAGAAAUCUGUGGGUUUCCAGACGGGUGCUAAGAAAAAGAAGCCACGCUUCAGCUUCCACAGCCUCAGCUUCUCCCUCUAGUGCUCAAUCACAACAUAUAAUGCAAAUGUAAGGAGACUUGUACUAGCUAGGGGUCAUGGACGGCUUUGGCUUAGGUGCCGUAAAAAAAACACUAUGAGAACAUAUCUGCUGUAGUUUUUUCAACGGUCUAUCUAGAUUGCCUGCUUAUGCGAUUGUCAUUUAGGCUACCAAAUACUGGAAUUUGGGCAUGUACAUUUUUAAUCUAAUACUAUUUUGUACUUGGAAUGUCAUCAAAGGACUUGGAACUCUUUCUAGAACAUAAGAAUCAGUGGGUGAAUUUCUGUCA